AUGCCAGAAGAAGCCUAUGAAAUGACUCGCUCCGUAUCGGGCGCUUCCAGUUCAAUCGACAAUCAUAACGAAGCCUAUGACAGCAGAGAGGAAGAAGCACAGUUACUGGAUAAGGAAGAUCGUUCUUCAGAUACAGACGAGGAAGAUAUUGAAGAUGAGGAAGAAGACUGGGCUGUGAUAGUAGAGGAGAAUAGCGGAGAAGCAGAGCAGGUGUAUGAAAAGGAUAAUCCAACACUGAGAUUUGUAUGCAUUGGAUUAGCCAUUGGCUUGUUCUUUGUCAUGUUCAAGAUUGCCAUGAUGCGAUUCUCAGCAGAUCCAGAGCACCGUGAAAGAGGAGCAGAGAAACUGUAUUACAAUGGCACAGAUUAUUUCGCUUCUACAGUUAUUUUGAUAUCACUGGAUGGCUUCAGGCCAGAUUAUUUGAAUAGGGGCAAAACACCUCAUAUGAAAGAAUUUGCGGAUAAUGGCAUCAUGGCAAAAUACAUGCACCCAGCAUUUCCGCCAAGCACGUUUCCGAACCAUUGGACACUAGUUACAGGCUUAUAUCCAGAGACGCAUGGCAUUGUAGCAAAUCUGUUUUAUGAUCCAACACUCGAUGCAGUCUUUAGUCAUUCAAAUGCAACUUCAACGGCUGAUCGCAGAUGGUGGAAGGGUGAGCCAAUUUGGACAACAUCAAGAAUGAACAGAAAGCGAACUGGAUCCAUCAUGUGGCCAGGCUCAGAGACAAACUACAACCCGCCUGAUAUGGUGGUCAAGUACAACAGCUCCAUGACGGCAAAAGAAAAGAUGGAUGUUACUCUCAAAUGGCUUGAUUUACCGUAUGAUGACAGACCACAGAUGAUUUCUGUCUAUGUGCCACAGAUUGAUCAAGAGGGUCAUCGCGGAGGUCCAUUUGGCUCCAAGAUGAAUAAUUUCAUUCAAGAUGCAGAUGAUGCUAUUGGAUACCUUGUGCAGGAAUUAAAGGAUAGAAAGCUGGAUAGCCAUGUCCACAUUGUCAUUGUUAGCGAUCAUGGCAUGGCAGAAACGCAAGAAUCCAAGCUGAUCUUUUACGAUGACAUUCUCUCACCAGACGUGCUGAAGCAUGUGCGCAACCGAGAAGCAUUGCCUCUGCUUGAUCUUAGACCCUCGCCCGAUGCUCCCAAAGAUACCGUCAAGAAGAUUUAUACUCAACUUUACAACUAUACCCAAACCCACCUUGAUGCCCACUUUGAAGUCUACAUGAGAAAAGAUGUGCCCGACAGAUUCCACUACAAACACUCUGACAGAAUCACGCCUAUCGUCGCCAUCCCUGAAGUGGGGUAUACCUUCAUCACACACGACGAGUUUGACAAAAAGGGCGGUUUCAAAAAGGGUGGUAAUCAUGGGUACGAUAAUUUAGCAGAUGACAUGCGCGCCAUCUUCAUGGCAAAGGGACCCAAAAUCAAUCGCGUGUAUAAAUCAGGCACUAUUUUGGCGCCCUUUUUCAAUAUUGAAGUAUAUGGUUUGUUGACAGAGUUGCUUAAUAUGGAUGCAUCGCCCAACAACGGUACGCUACAAGCGGAUUUCCCUGUCGUUUUCUCGCCUCCAUUCUAA